AGGAUCGCUUCCUGUGCGCGACCUAGGCGCGUCUUCUGCGCUCUGCUCGCUGGCUUCAGUCGGAACCGCGUCCGCGAUGCUGGCGUUUCGCUGCGGUCCCCGCCUGCUCGGCCACUUCUCCGGCGCCCGGUCCGCGCCGCUGCGCCUCUCUGCGGCCCGCGCCUGCAGCGGUGGCGACUCUCGCACCCCGAUCUCUUCUUCCUCCGGGAACCCUCUCGUCUACCUGGACGUGGGCGCCGACGGGCGGCCCCUCGGCCGCGUGGUGCUGGAGCUGAAGGCGGAUGUCGUCCCAAAGACAGCGGAGAAUUUCAGAGCGCUGUGCACUGGAGAGAAGGGCUUCGGCUACAAAGGCUCCACAUUCCACAGGGUGAUCCCGGCCUUCAUGUGCCAGGGAGGCGACUUCACCAACCACAACGGCACUGGGGGCAAGUCCAUCUACGGGAGCCGCUUUCCUGAUGAGAACUUCACGCUGAAGCACGAAGGGCCAGGUGUCCUGUCCAUGGCCAACGCAGGCCCCAACACCAAUGGCUCCCAGUUCUUCAUUUGUACCAUAAAGACAGAGUGGUUGGAUGGCAAGCAUGUGGUGUUCGGCCACGUCAAAGAGGGCAUGGAGGUCGUGAAGAAAAUAGAAUCUUUCGGCUCUAAGAGUGGGAAGACGUCCAAGAAGAUUGUCAUCACAGACUGUGGCCAGUUGAGCUAACCAGUGGCGAGGAUGCCGAGACAUUAGCCGCUACCUAUGGGUUGGCCCGCCCAGCUUGCCACUGGGACCCCUAGCCAAGGUGCCCGGCAGAGGUACGUGGGCCACCCCACUGCCCCUGUGCGCUUGUGGGAGGCUGCCCAGGAGCGCGUCUCCUGCAGGGCCUUGUGUCCCUCACAUCUACCCUUCCUCCUCCACCCACCAUGGCCAUUGCGUCACACACCCCUCAGCAGGCACAGCCCACGAGUGCCCCAGCUCCUCAGUGCCUUGGAUGAUGGUGGCCAUGACGGGGUAGCAUUCAGUCACCCUGACGGGGAGGGACAGCAAGUUCCUGCCAAAAGACUGUGAUACCUGUUCACAGUUGUCUUCCUAAUUGCAAUAAUUUAAUUAACAAGAUAGACUAGAAAUGAAGCUGUGACGUGACCUGGGUCAGUGGCACAGGUCGCAGAACCCUGGAUCGUGACUGUCACAACACAACUCAGGGCUUGUGUGAAAGUUGCCCAAGACUGAGGCUUUUCCUCCGGUUACUGUGAGACCCAUCGGUUCAUUGUUGUGAACUCCGAACCUGGACAAAAUGCCCUCCAAGAGCUGCCCCUGCUCACUGUGAAUUCCUGUGUGGGCCCGGAAGUGGCCUGUGAGGGCCCCUGGUUCUGGAGGGAGGUGCUUCUGGUGGGCUCUUCCUUUCCAGUGCAUGGUCAGUAAACUCAGUCUACUGAUGCUAUGUAGAACAUUUGUGUUCACCUUCAAUGUGAUAAUAAAUCCUAUUUUCUAUAA